GGGCUGCGCGGUGGCGGGAGUUGUCGAGCCGCCGGUGAGAAGCGGAGCUGCGGCCCAAUCCCGCCAUUUUUGAACUCUCCAGCUGAAGCCGGAGUGCGAGGCUCGCGCUUUCCUCUUCGUUUUGGCCGGGGGCUGCCGGAACCGUUGAGAGGCGGACAGUCCUUGACCGGCAUCCACACCCCCCCCUCCCCAGAGCCGGCCGGCCGGCUGGACCAUGGCGCCGCUGCUGGGCAGGAAGCCAUUCCCGCUGGUGAAGCCGCUCACAGAUCUGUCGGCAGAGGAGACCAUCUAUGUGAUCGAGCACAGCGGCGAGGGAUUCCGGAGCAACGAAGAAUAUGAAUCCCGAUUGUCCAGAUAUGCAGAGCGAAUCUGGACAUGUAAAAGCACAGGCAGCAACCAACUCACUCACAAGGAGGCCUGGGAAGAGGAGCAAGAAGUAACAGAACUGCUAAAGGAGGAGUAUCCAGUGUGGUUUGAAAAGCCUGUGUUAGAACUAGUCCAUCACAAUACGUUGUCUUUGGACAAACUAGUUGACAAAACAUGGAUGGAGAUCAUGACCAAGUUUGCUAUUGGAGAACAUUGUGAAUUCCAGGUUGGAGAGAACAAAAUCCUUCAAGUGGUGGUAGUAAAAGUCCAUCCUCUGGAACCAAAGGAAGAAAUAUCUUCUGAGAAGAAAACUGAUGGAUCCUGUGACUCGCCUUCCAGUGACAAGGAGAACUCCAGUCAGGUGGCACACGAGAGCCUUGGUAUGGAAGUCUGCAACAAAGUUGAGGAGACCAAGAGAGACAGCAAUACUAGUGACCGAGCUCGUCGAUCUCCACGCAAGUUGCCUACAAGCCUCAAGAAGGAAGAGAAGAAAUGGGUUCAUCCGAAAUUUCUGCCCUACAAAUAUGAUGUGAAGCUGCAAGAAGAGGACAAAAUAAUUAGUAACGUACCGGUUGAAAGUCUCAUCCGCUCGGAGCGGCCGCCAAACAAGGAAAUCCUGCGCUAUUUUAUCAGGCACAACUCGAUGCGAAUGGGGAUGGGAGAAAAUGCACCCUGGGUGGUGGAAGAUGCACUUGUACAGAAAUAUUCGCUGCCCAGUAAAUUCAGUGACUUUCUGCUCUCUCCAUACAAGUACAUGAUUCAUAAUCCUGUUGUGAACUUGGGAAAAAGGAAAAGUACAGUCUCACCAGAGGGUAAACACUCAAAAAAAGCAAAAGGAGAUGGAGACCCAAGCAAAGAGAAAAAUAAAAAACGGAAAUAUGGAAGCAAAGAGAAGAUUCCUCGGAGCCCACCUUUGAGCCCAACAUUAUGGGGUCAUGUGCAUGUGAAAAAGUCCAUGAAUGGGACUGGAAUGGCAUACAGUCCCAAAAGGUCUCCAGAACAAGAAUUGGAAGAAGUAAUGAAGAUUGUAACACCAACCAAAUUAAAUACCAACUUCCACAUUCCCAAAAAGGGCUCCAAUGCUCCUCGGAACCUAAAAAAGCUGCAAACUAAGGAUAAAAGUAACAAAAAAGAGAAAUCCAAAAACAAGGCUAAGAUGCUGAAUGGGCAGAAGUCUUCAGGGAACAGCAAAUCUCCAAAAAAGAGUCUGAAAACUCCAAAGAUGAAGAUGAAACAAAUGACGCUUUUUGAGAUGGCAAAAUCGAGCACGUCCAAGACAGGAAAAACUCCGAAGAGUGUUGGAGGCACAUCAAGGUCUGUGACCAAACCUCAGAAAUACUUGCCACCUUUAGCCUUACAAUUCCUUCGAUAUUACAAAGACAACAAAGGGAAGGAAGAGAAAAAGGGUGCAGUAUCUGCAUUCAUCACCCGGGUGGCCAAAGUGCUUUCUGCUGAAGAACGUGCUCGCCUACCAGAGGAAGUUGGUGAUCUUGUGCAGAAACGUUACGAGAUACUGGAGCAUAAGAGGAAAUGGGCAUUGAUGACACUGGAAGAAAGAGCGGAUUAUCACAAGAAGAAGCGUGAAGAGCUAAAGGAGAAACUGAAAGAAAAGGCCAAAGAGCGACGAGAGAAGGAGAUGCAAUUAAAACUGGAAAAACAGAAGCGAUUUGAAGAUCAGACUCUUGCAGGAAAGAGCUUGCCUGCACUAAAGCUGGUUGACACACCUGAAGGGCUCCCCAAUACACUUUUUGGUGAUGUUGCUAUGGUAGUUGAGUUUCUCAGUUGUUAUGCUGGUCUGCUAAUGCCCGAUGACCAGUAUCCAAUCACAGCUGUCUCCUUGAUGGAAGCAUUGACUUCUGAAAAGGGGGGUUUCCUCUAUCUGAACAGAGUUCUAUUAAUCCUUCUUCAAACUUUGCUCCAAGAUGAAAUUGCAGAAGACUAUAGAGAACUGGGAAUGAAGCUUUCAGAAAUCCCUCUCACCUUGCACUCUGCUUCAGAGCUGGUUCGGCUCUGCAUGCGAAAAUCGGACGUACAGAAUGAAAGCGAGACGUCAGAAACCAAUGAUGACAGCAAAGAUUCUGUGGGGUUUGAAGAUAAUGAAGUUGCAGAUGAAUUCCUGGAUAAGUUGGAAACUGCCGAGUUCUUUGAACUGACCCCAGAAGAGAAAGUGAAGAUUCUGUCAGCACUCUGCCAUCGGAUUCUGAUGACCUAUUCAGUCCAGGAUCACAUGGAGGACUCACAGCAUAAAUCUGCAGAGCUGUGGAAAGAGAGGUUGGCCAUGCAAAAAGAGGAGAAUGACCGGAAAAAGGCAGAAAAACUGAAGAAAAAAGAAAUGGAGGCAAAAAAGAAAGAGCCAGAAAAUAACAAAAUGGGCGACAAGAAAAAGCCAGAGAAGAAGAAAGAAUUUGAUAAAAAGCUAGAAGUGGACAAAGGUGGAAAUGACUUACUUACAGAUGUCAAUGGCAGUGAAGACCUCAUUAGUGCAAUUAAAAGUAGACGUUUGAUGGCAUUGCAGGCAAAAAAGGAGAAAGAAGAGCGGGAAAAGCAGGAAAAAGAGAGGAUGGAGAAAGAGGUGGAGGUAGAGAAGAUUCGCAAGCACAAAGCAGCAGCCGAGAAGGCUUUCCAGGAGGGAAUUGCAAAAGCUAAACUUGUUCUGCAUCGAUCACCGUUGGGCACAGACCGCAACCACAACAGGUUUUGGCUGUUUUCUGAUCUGGUGCCUGGUUUGUACGUAGAGAAAGGUUGGGUGCAUGACAGCAUUGAUUACAGCUUUACCCUUCCUGAAGAUUACUAUGAAGAAGAACAGGAUUCCAAAAGUAAUGAUGACGACAGCAUUGCUGAGAGCAGCUUAAAUGACAGUGGCCACCAGGGGUCCUCCCACACUGCAGAAAUUUGCAUUGAAACCACCGUACCUAAACAAGGACAAAACCUAUGGUUUGUUUGUGACACCCAGAAAGAGCUGGAUGAGCUCCUGAACUGUCUUCAUCCGCAAGGUGCCAGAGAGAGUGCACUCAAAGAACGCCUUCAGAAAAAGUAUCAAGAUAUCCUUCAUUCACUCCACUUGGCACGGAAACCAAACCUUGGCCUCAAGUCAUGUGAUGGCCAUCAGGAGCUCCUCAACUACUUGCGAACUGACCUGAUUGAAGUGGCAACGCGACUGCAAAAGGGAGGGCUGGGGUACAUGGACAAAUGUGAUGAGUUUGAAGAGAGAGUACGCUCGCUGGAGAGUCUGAAAGAUUUGGGUGAGUGUGUGAUCACACUGCAAGAGUGUAUAAUAAAGAAAUUCCUGCAAGGUUUUAUGGCCCCCAAACAAAAGAAGAAGAAGGCAGGAGAGGAAACAAAAGUAGAGGAAAUAGAUGAGGAGAAGAAAAUAGCUGAAGAAGCUAAGGUUGCUUCUGCCCUGGAGCUAUGGAAAUGUGCUAUCCAAGAGGCUCAGACCUUCUCUCGUAUGCAUGUGUUGUUGGGAAUGUUGGACGCCUGUAUCAAAUGGGAUAUGUCGACAGAAAAUGCCCGGUGUAAAGUGUGCCGUAAGAAGGGUGAAGAUGACAAGCUGAUCCUGUGUGAUGAAUGUAAUAAGGCUUUCCACUUGUUCUGUUUGAGACCAGCCCUCUAUGUGAUACCAGAUGGAGAGUGGCUAUGCCCAGCCUGUCAGCCAGCCACAGCCAGGCGUGGCACACGUGAUAGAAAUUAUGCUGAGGAGGAAGAUGAAGAGAAUGAGGAGGAGGAAGAGGAAGAAGAAGAGGUGGAGGAGGAGGAAGAGGAAGAAGAAGAGGAAUAUUAUGAGGAGCGAGGAGGGCCCAGACUUAGAUCGAGACCCAGGAAAGCUGCCAAAGGAAAAUCAGCCCCUCAGACCCGUCCUCAGAGGCAGGCCAAACAGCCGGGGAAGAAACAGUCCCUACACGGUCACAACAGAAACACUCGACACAAGACAUCACCUGUCAAUGGUGUGGACAUUGAUGAGCUGGUGCAACAAAGAACAAAAUAUAGGUCUCGGAGACUAAACCUGGAGCUGGCAAAGUGUGAAGAAAUCCUGAACAAAUUGAUCAGAUCCAGAUAUAGCUGGCCCUUCAGAGAGCCUGUGACAACUGAUGAAGCAGAAGAUUAUUUUGAAAUAAUCACUAAACCUAUGGACUUGCAGACCAUGCAGAGCAAAUGUUUGUGCAGCACCUACAAAACUAUUGAAGAAUUUCUUGAGGACAUUAAACUGGUGUUUAACAACGCAGAACUGUAUAAUCAAGAGGGUAGCCAGGUCCUUACCUGUGUGGAAAAAACAGAACGUUGUUUCAUUGACAUGUUGCGAAAACAUCUUCCCAACCACAGCUACAAACGAGGCAAACCACGAAAGAGUAUCCAGAAGCGGAAAAGACUGGUGCAAGUAGAGCUAGAGGAGCAGGAGGAGGAGGAGGAUGAAGAGGUGGUGGUGGAAGAGGAGGAGGAGGAGGAGGAAGACGACGAUGAUGAUGAGUAUGAUGACAGUGAGGCAGAAUCAAGUGAACAUUCCAUCCCACCGCGCAAGCGCCGGAAGUGAAUUGGGUCUGAAUAAUGGAUGUAGUAAUUAUUUUGAAAACUGCAGACACAUUUGUACUUUAAAUGUUUACGUUGACUGAUUUAAAAUACUGGAUCAAAUACAAAGCUUCAACCUUACCUGGACAUUUUCAUAGGAAUAUAAAAGGGUUGAAAUCAAAAGCUCUUGCAGAUUUUUAAAAAAAAUCUCUUGUUGGGUUGGGAGAGCCUGUGGGACUGGCGGCUGAAAGUUCGUUAUGUUAAAAAUGGUUGUGAAAUUAAGAUCACAGGCUAGGAGCUCUGUAAUUCUGAUUUUAUCACCGCAGUGCAGAACUUUCACAAACAUUUCUGUCCCUUGGUAUCAGCUUUCAGCGUAGACUCUUUCUUAUUUGUUCAUCUUUGCUGUAGAGAUGAUCAAUACAGAGAAUUAGACAGGCCCCUAGAUGGUCAGCCCUUGGCCCAUUCUAAUGAUGCUGAUUUGCUGGAGAGAGUGUACAAUGAAUGGAAAUUCCAGCUGAUUUGCAGGCCAAGGCAUUUCACAGACAGUGCCAGAUGACACACACAUUGCAUCACCAGCAUCUGUUUUAUCCAGCUGUGUUUUUGAUUUGACCAUAUGAUUGAAUAUGUGCAAAAUGAUCUCGCAUUAAUCACAACAAUAUUGUAAAUGUACAGUUGUGCUUUAUUAUAAUAGAGGUCCUUCCAGCCACUUUGGGGAGAAUCCUUGCCCUCAAAUGUUUUGCCAUCUGAAGCAGUCAAUUGAGUUUUUCAUAUGAACCAUCAGCCAUCUUGGUAAUCUAUGUCACCUGUGUGAUUGACUGUGGUCUAUAACAUGUCUGAUCUGGCGGGAGAUAUUUAGUUCUGAGUCAACUGACUUUCAAAACUGAAGUGUGAUCAGUUCUGACUGCAAUGAGCAAUGGUGGCUGGUUUACACUCUGUCGUUAAAUCUACCCUGGAUUAUCUGAGGGUCCAACCAAAUGGAUACUUAAUCCAUUGUACAUUGGGUGUCUCUAGUUACUGACAAAAAAAAAUCUACUUCGCCCCACAACCUAAUUGGUUCAGGGUAACAGCACCCAGGCUUAAUAAAGAUGUUCUACCACGUCUCAUGCUUGUUGGCUGCCAACAAUUCUGCAUUUGACAUGUAAGGUUCUCAUUUGGUCUGCCCAUUCCUCUUGACCAAAUAGUUCUCAUGAGACACCAUUGGACUUUUAAACUGAAAAAUUGUAAAAUACUCCUUUUUUGUGCGGAGGUUUGUACAGCGCAUACAGAUAUGUAGAUCUAACCGGAUUAAGAUUCUUGUGCUUCAAGUUGUCAGAAAAAAAUUACGUGGCACAACUUGAAUUUGUUUCCAUCUGCCUCUUUGUUACUGUAGUUUGUAUAAAUAACUCUUAUUAUUUGAGUAUUUGUGAGCAGCAAGUCCUUUAAAGUCCUUUUCACAUAUGCCGUUUUUUCUUGGGAGGGAGGGGGAAGGAAAGCACUGAUCUAAAAUUUUCUUUCUUUUUAUGUGGGGUUCCCCCUCUUUCCAUUGGCAUUUUAUCACCUUCCCAGUCACUCUCAGUUGUGUAGGUAAGUGAUGUAGAAUAAAACAGUGAAAUUUUGACAUUGUAUAUUUUCCCAAGUGUCUGUGGUAGUUGUUUGGGGAGGGCUAUGCUUGUAUUAAAAACAUUUUUGGACUUUUAAAUAAAAGCAAUUAUGUUUAAAA